AUGGAUCAGGAGCGCCCGCCGACACCCGUCACUGACGAGAAUGACGUGGAUAAGCUGGUAGAACAUGAUGCUUCCGAGUCGUUGAUCUUGCCGCUUUCCCGUGUGCGAAAAAUCAUCAAGUACGACAGCGAGGUGUCUACCGUGCGUGAAGACGCCGUCACGGCAAUCGCCCGUGCUACAGAACUCUUUCUCGAGUACUUCCUGGAGGAGACUUAUCGCGAAGCUACAUCUAGAACCCGCGGUCGUGUGAAGAGGCUGAACUAUAAUGACUUCAGCAAAACCGUGCAGGAGAUCGAGGCACUGCACUUUCUUGCAGAGUUGAUCCCGCCUCGAACACGUUUCGGAAGUAUUUCCGCAGCACCAAACAGGUCGCUCGCCGACGCUAGCAGCACUCCUGUCUCGGCCGCUGUGCAGGAAGAUGGAAAGCAAGCUGCAGCUGAGUAA